AUUUCAGUCUUCUUUCAACCGAGGCACGGUAAGGACGUGUCGAUUGUUGAUUAUAAUCUAAUUUUAAAUCUUAUCGUGAAUAUUAUGUGAUGAUAUAGUGAUUGUGUGCUAUCACACGUGCUUUUAAGAACCGGUUUAUAUAACUACUGUUUGAUAGAAAUGUUUACGCGGGAAAGAUGUAGACUUUUAAAUUAAGUUCAGUUGUUUUUUUAUGGCCAGGAUGACGUCUUCAUGGAAACAUAACAUAUUGGUGGCGUGCCUCAUUGUUUUAGUGCGGCAGUGUCGCAGCGAAGGCGGUGUGUCGGUGGUGCUGCUCAAGUCGAACAUAACGAAGCUGACGGCGAACGUGAUCCAGUCGGCAGGUUACAACCUGGACACGGUUGAGCAUUUGUCGAUCAUGGACGCGCCCAAUUUGGAGCAUGUGGCAGUUGAAGAUCUGACUACGAUGCCUAAUCUCAAAUCAUUGUUUAUCACACAAGCUCCGAGGCUGCACCGGAUCGCGCCACUACCUGCUCUACCGGAACUACGCACAUUUAUAGUGACGACGUGCGGUCUGGUUGAAGUUCCCAACCUGAGCCACGUGCACGAUCUCCACACAUCUAACGUGUCAUAUUUACAGGCAAUAGACCUGGAAGGUAACCACAUACGGAGACUUCCCUCGCACGCGCUCCGAGUACGCGCUGAUCAAGUAUCUUUGAACUACAACCUGAUAGAGGAGGUUCCUGCGCACGCAUUCAAGAACGCAAAAAUAUCUAAACUGAGUUUCAGAGGCAACCCUAAUUUAAUAAGACUGGAUCCACAAGCUUUCGCUGGAAAUCUUCUAUUAAGACAACUAGAUUUAAGCAACACAGCGAUUACGAGUCUGCCAACCAAAGGGCUUGAGAAGUUGGAAGUAUUGAAGAUUGAAAAGACACCAUCCUUAAAAUACAUUCCCUCAAUUUAUGAGUUUCAGCAUUUAGAGAAAGCUCACCUAACCCACCACUUCCACUGCUGUGCGUUCGCGUUCCCGGAGCGACACAACCCAGCCAGACACGCUCUCUACGAAACGCAGUUGGCUAUCAUGAUUCAAAAGUGUGACAAAGACAACGAACGCAGAAAGUCUUCGACCAGAAGUCGCAGAGCUCUGCCGCCGAUUUUCGUGAAGCUAACUACUGCUCCCUACAGUGACAUAAGAGACACAUCUGCCACAACAAGCGAGGAGGACGACACUGGCUGGUCUGAGGGCGACUAUUUUUCUGACUCCGGUAGCUUUGAAGACGACGACAGAGAUCACUUCAACGGAGACGGUUUCCAUGAUACUGUCAACAGUAGCCUGGGGGCUUCCUAUGGCGACUGCUCUAAUUUCAGUCGAAGUCGACGAAAAGUGGAAUGCACGCCACUACCAGACGCGCUGAAUCCUUGCGAAGACGUAAUGGGGUGGUCGUGGCUCAGAGCCAGCGUUUGGUUCGUGAUCGCCGCAGCAGUGGUCGGCAACGUGGCUGUUCUCUUGGUACUCCUCGCCAACCACACAGAGAUGACAGUGCCUCGCUUCCUCAUGUGCCAUCUUGCCUUCUCAGACCUCUGCACAGGACUAUACCUCUUCAUGCUAGCAGUCGUAGACUUAAGAUCUUAUGGAGAGUUCUUUAACUACGCUUACGACUGGCAAUACGGCGUCGGAUGCAAAAUAGCCGGCUUCCUAUCCGUAUUUUCUGGACAAUUAUCAGUAUUCACUCUCACUAUUGUCACUUUGGAGCGAUGGUUUGCCAUUACAUACGCAAUUUACCUAGAAAGGAGGAUAUCUUUGACAGCCGCCGCGAAAAUAAUGAUCGGCGGUUGGCUUUUCUCUGUAUUAAUGGCCGGAUUACCUCUCGCAGGUGUAUCAGACUACUCGUCAACGUCAAUUUGUCUGCCGGUGGAAAGUGAAAAUAUUGGAGUUGCUGUAUAUCAGGGUUCCUUAUUUAUGACCAAUGCGAUCGCUUGGGUAACGAUAGUUAUAUGUUACGUACAGAUAUAUAGAUCCCUUGGUGGAGGCGGGGAGAAAUAUGGCGGCAGAGGCGCCGCGGCCGCCGCUGAAAGAAGAAUUGCCAACAAAAUGGCUUUACUCGUCGGAACAGAUUUGUUAUGUUGGGCACCUGUUGCAUUCUUCGGAGUGACCGCAUUAGCCGGUGUGCCCUUAGUCGAUGUCAGCCAUGGAAAAGUGUUGCUUGUGUUCUUUUACCCCCUAAAUGCUUGUGCGAAUCCAUUUUUGUAUGCAAUUCUCACGAAACAAUACCGCAGGGAUCUGUUGACACUGAUAGCGCGCACGGGGAGAUGUAAUUGGUUGGUGGAGAAAUAUAAACUGAGAACUCCGCCACCAACAGCGCACACGAAUCCUUCAGCUCCGGUUCCCUUACUGCCCCUAGUAGAUUACCAAAGUUCGCAUUCGCAGGUUAAAGAAAAUGGGUCUGCCAUGCUUUAAUUAAUUUUAAGUGUAAUUAAUUAUAUUAAUAUUUUAUAAGAUUACAAACGAUAUUAUAGUUAUUUAUUGUAUUUUGUU